CUGCGCGCUAUUAUCAUAAACAAGAGAAAUAAAUAUUAAACUUUAUUAAAUUUUGAAAAGUGGUGAAAGAAAAAUUCAUUCAAACUGAAAGAAUCAUUGAUUGUUAACAGCAAAAAUGUGGCUAUUAAAAGAUGCAGAAGGUGGUGUGACAUACAUACUAACAAAUAAGGAUUUUGAUGUAGGCAGAACAUCUGGAGACCUUAUUUUAAAAGGCCACUCAAUCAGCAGAAGACAUGCAUCAAUUUCUAUUGAACCAAUUUCACAAAUACAGGCAGACAAAUUAAUCUCCAAAUGCAUUGUUAAAGAUACAGGAUCGAAGUAUGGUAGUUAUAUUUUAGAGAAUGGUAAUGCAACAAAGAUCACAAAAGAAGGCACAUAUUUGAAUAAUUUGGAUAAAAUAAAAUUUGGCCUAGAAAACCAUAUUUUUACGGUUCAUUAUAUUCCUAUAAUAACUGCAACAUCUGGGAUAGAUGAUGAUGUUAAACUAGAACUCACUGAUAUUAUGAACUCCAUUGAUGGUGUAAUUACACCAAAUAAUGUUCUGUCAUCUACACAUUUGACUGUGUCCACAGGAUUUCUAACAGAGAAGGUUGCUUGUGCUUUAGCUGCUUGCAUUCCAAUAGUCAACGUAAGAUAUUGGAGAGAUGUGCUAUCUGCUGUCAGGGGAAAUAAGCCAUUGCCUGAUUCAUCUCAAUAUACACAACCACUAAAUGAGGACAUGAUACAAAAAGAAAUGAAAUUACUGUCUGUAAAUCCAUGUCGUAGUAAACUAUUCAAGAAUUUACUGUUUGUAUUCUUGACUUCUUUGCAAUACAAUAACCUUUCACGAAUGAUUAAGGCAGCAGGGGGUAAGUGUCUUUUAUAUGAGAAAAAACCACUCCAUGAGAAAGAGCUUAGUGCUGCUAAUGUAAUCAUUCUACAACCUCCUGAUGAUUCCUCACAAACUGAGAAUUCCUAUGAUGCUACAUAUGCAUCGAUACGGAUAGCAUUACUGAAAACUAAGCGCAGAAUGAUACCCGAGACUGAUGUAUCAUUGGCUAUACUAUACUGCUCGACUGAAAACUAUUGCAAUCCGCAAUUUCACUUUGGCAAUUUAUUAUCACCAUCGAAGAAGCAGAGUUCACAGGCAAAUGCUAAAAUCAUACAGGUUGAUUCACAAGACUAUUUUGCAGUACAACAAGAUCUGAAUGUAAUACCAAGCAGUGGUAUACCUAAUAGUUCAACGAAGAAUAGUGAUUAUAUUCCAGAAACCAAUACAUCAACUAAUAGUUCAGAAAUUAUACCAGGAACACAGGUCUCAUCAAUGACAAGUAAAAUUGCAUCGAUGAAUAAAAUGUAUGAAGCUAACCAAAAUAUAAAUGAUAUUGAGAUUAGUAGGAAAAGUCAGAAAGGUAGUGAAAAAAACUGGCAAGUCAAUAAAUUUACAAAGAAGAAUAUUCCUACUUCACAAGCUCACAGCAGCAGGUGCAAUAUGAUAAUACCAGAAACGGAAGAUCAGUCAGGAAUAAUGGAAGAUAUUACAGCUCUUGAUGAUGAUAAUGAUAAAAAUAAUAGCAAUUCUAAGAAAAAUGAAGCAUCCAAGAACAUAGAAUCUAAAAAAUCCGGUUUAUUGUCUUUGAACACUAAACAGAAACGAGAGAGAUGCGAGUCCAGUGUUGAUUCAAUAGCUGGAUCUAAGAAACAACGAAUCGCUCUUGAUCUGGAAAAAACGAAACUUUUACAAUAUUUUAAAAAAUGUCCAGAAACACCAGAAAAACGUACAACAUUAUCACCUAGUCGAUUCUCAUGUAAUGUAGAGACGGAUCAACAUUUGAGUAAUGAUAAUGGAAGCCAUAACGUGACUAAAGCAAUGAAGCCGAAUAAAGCCACACGCGUACCAAGUCUUGAGAUAAAGCAAGUUCCAAAUGUAAAUGUGGACGAUGACCCACUUAGCGUAAAGGUUAAAACUGAAGAUGUCAAUUCCAAAAUUAUUAAUAUUAAUCCUGAAAGAAGUUUGGCCCGCAUCAAGUUGGAUAGAACAAGCGAUGGAUUUUAUCGAAGAGUACAACAUUAUUCAUCAGCAGUAAAUUUCAUAAAUAAAGUGCCAUUGUUAAGGAAGACACCAUCCAGUAUAAAGCCAAAAGGAUUACGAAUGCACAGAAUACCCAAAAAGAGAAUAUUAAUAAAAGACAUGUAUAUCUGCAACCUGCCAUAAUUUCUAACAAACAAAAAACAGCUAUGUCAACAAGGAUCAAAAUCAAUAUAUAUGUUACUUUACUUUUUAUUAUAUGAUUCCAUUACUGUAUAUAAUAUAUAUAAUAAAAGAUC